GGAUAGAAUGCAGGCCGCAGGGGGGAGCGGAAGGAUACAAUGUAUCGGAGGGUUACACGGUGUAUAAGGAACGGGAUAGAGUGCAGGCCCCAGGAGUGCGGAAGGAUACAAUGUACCUUAGGUUACACGGUGUAUAAGGGGGAAGGAUACAAUGUACCUUAGGUUACACGAUUAUAAGAGACUGAAGUGCAGGCCCCAGGGAUGCGGAAGGAUACAAUGUAUCGGAGGGUUACAAGGUGUAUAAGGGACAGGAUAGGGCGCAGGGGGGGAGCGGAAGGAUACAAUGUAUCGGAGGGUUACACGGUGUAUAAAAGACAGGACGAGCACAAACACCGGUUUCACUCCCGCACAGACAUGCCGGCCCCUGUCUCCUCCCUCACAGUCUCUCUCAGUUCUGAGGAGGGGCGUGGCGGAGGGUAGGGAGGAUAUCCGGUCUGGGACCCUCCCCCUGUGUCCGGGGAUGUGAUUCCCGCUCGGACUGUGGCGCAAACAUAUCGGGGAUUCCCCGGGUCCUGCCCCGCCUUAAGGUUAUGUCUCGGGCCCGGAGAGGGACGGGGAGAGCGGCCCAGAUAAAUGAUGAAAAAGAAAAAGAGGAUAAAGAUUCCGAGGAUCUGAGCCAGAAGUUGCCCCAGGCAGAGGCAGAAAGUCUGCUGCUUAAGCUGAACCAGCAGCCCCAGCGCCUCUCCGACUCUGAGAAUGAAGAGCCAAUCCCAGGCAGGGUCCCUCACCGGUCGGCCUUUGUUCCCAAGAGCAGUGCCAACUCCCUGACCUCCUUGGCCUGGAGCCGCCACAGUAAGGUGGAACGGAGCCAGAGCUGCACCGAUACAGUAAAUGAGAGCUUCCCGCUGGGCAGGAGGAAAGCGGCACCGGCCCCAAAAGUCAAGGUCCCCUUCGGAGGAUGCCUCUCUUCUGCAGUUGUCGGGGUCCUGUUGUCCACAGAAAACAGCCGCUCCUUCUCCGCCCCUGUUCUGACGGCUGACAAACGCCUGUCCCUGAACCCUCUGACCUCCUUUGUGCCGCUGCAUAAGCCCGAGCGAUCCAUCAGCCCGGAGAGCAACGACAGCAUUUCCGAGGAGCUCAACCACUUUAAGCCAAUCGUGUGCUCUCCUUGCACCCCUCCCAAGAGAUUGCCCGACGGCAAAGUUCUAAGCCCCGUUAUCAUCAAGUCGACGCCCAGAAACCUCAGAAAGAGCCUCCAGAAGCCUACCAGCUACGAGGCCAGCCCCGUGAUCCUGAAAAAGUGGGAGCAAGUCUUCCAAGACCGGCAGAUGAAAAGGACCCUCUCCAAAGGGACGUUGACAUCUUCCGCCGAACCCGAUGAAGGGGCUUCCUCCCAAAAGAACCAAUCGCUGUCCAGCAGGGAACUGUUCGCUUGUAAGGACAGCCCCAGUGGGAAGCGCAAGUCUUUACUGGGGGAUCUGGAACUUUUACCCUCCUCUAGCAAAAGUGUUCAGUUGGAAAUGAAUGAUGAAGGACAGAACCAAGUUUUACCAAACAACGAUAGCCUGGUGGGCAUGGGGCCCCCCACUAGGAGGAGAGGGGCCACGGGCUUUACUGAUCUCAAUUCCAAUGCACAUGGAGGCUCCAAACCAAUAGAGGCUGAGAGAGAAAAGACUCUGCCCCAUUCCAAGUGUCUUCGAGUAACAUCACUUAAAUCGGCAAUGAAACGCCCUCACAGAACCAGCGCCCAACCGGUCAAUAUGCAAAAUGGCGCCUGCUUCAGUGCCGCUGAGAACAUCAGCCCCCAGUUGCCCCAACGCAGAGGCCAGAAGAAGAGAUGUAAAACCAAGCACUUAGAACAGAACGGCUCCAUCAAGAGGUUAAGGGUCACGCGCGGGGACAGACGUGUUCAGGGCCUGGACCUGUGCUGGAAAGAGACAGAACCAAGGUUGACCCAAGAGGAGGAGGACAAAAAGCUGGCACUUAAGCUCCAACAGAUAUUCGACAAGGAAACACGGACGGUAAAUCGAUGCAAAGGGAGCCGGGACGAGUACCCCUUGCGUUCCAAAAGCACCGCCGGCGCAAACUAGCACUUCGUUAUUUUUGCAUUUUCUAGUAGGAUCUAAUCUGAAAAAAACAAGGAUUUAUAGAAAUUACUAUUUUUGUUCCCCCCAUAUUUUUUUCAUAAAUAAUCUAUAAAUGGGUAAGAGGGCAUUGGGCGUAGAACCAUAGUGUAUUAGGGUGGAAGAUGGCCGCAGAGCCGUGACCAGUCCAGAUGGAUAAAAGCAGCAGAACCAAGACCAGUUAAGAUGGACAUCAUCAGCAGAACCAUGACCAGAUGGACAACAUCAGCAGAACCAUGACUGGUCAAGACAGAUGAUGGCAACAGAACCAUGACCAGUUAAGAUGGACAUCAUCAGCAGAACCAUGACCAGAUGGACAACAUGAGCAGAACCAUGACCAGAUGGACAACAUGAGCAGAACCAUGACUGGUCAAGACAGAUGAUGGCAAUAGAACCAUGACCAGUUAAGAUGGACAUCAUCAGCAGAACCAUGACCAGAUGGACAACAUCAACAGAACCAUGACCAGUUAAGAUGAAUAAAAGCAGCAGAACCAAGACCAGUUAAGAUUGACAACAUCAGCAGAACCAUGCCUGGUCAAGACAGAUGAUGGCAGCAGAACCAUGACCAGUUAAGAUGGAUGAUAGCAGUAGAACCAUGACCAGUCCAGAUGGAUAACAGCAGCAGAACCAAGACCAGUUAAGAUGGACAACAUCAGCAGAACCAUGCCUGGUCAAGACAGAUGAUGGCAGCAGAACCAUGACCAGUUAAGAUGGAUGAUAGCAGUAGAACCAUGACCAGUUAAGACGAACAUCAUCAGCAGGACUAUGACUGGUCAAGACAGAUGAUGGCAGCAGAACCAUGAUCAAUCCAGAUGGAUGAUAGCAGCAGAACCAUGACCAGUUAAGAUGGACAUCAUCAGCAGAUCUAUGAGUGGUCAAGACAGAUGAUGGCAGCAGAACCAUGACCAGAUGGACAAUAUCAGCAGAACCAUGACUGGUCAAGACAGAUGGUGGCAGCAGAACCAUGACCAGUUAAGAUGGACAUCAUUAGCAGGACCAUGACUAGUCAAGACAGAUCAGCAGUAUCAUGACCAAUCAAGAUGGACGAUGGCAGCAACUUUUAGGUUUUAGGAGAACUUUUAUCCAUCAAUGUCCAUAAUCUACCUUCUCGUGCCCUGUUGCAAGUCUCGCUUCUCUCUGUGUCGGCCAUUGCUGCGCCACGGUCUCGCUUGUCCUGGUGAAGUACCUGCCUCUCUCUAACCGCUAACGCCGCCAUCGCUACAGCUUAGUGAUUUCAAAGCAAGGGCUCUUCUAUGUUACUAUGCAGUAUUUAUGCAUCCAGAGAGGGGGGGGGGGGCGUGUUCCUGUUGCCCCUCCAGACAACACUAAGAGGGGAAAACAUUGAGAUUAUUUUAUAAAGUUCAUUGCAAAGUUCUGGCCUUGAUGGCUCUCAAGUGAGGAACUCUAGGAGGACAACCAACGGUCUUGGCCACCUUGACUGGGCAGUGCCCCCACUAUGACUAGGAAUCCCCCUACAGAAGUCUGUUCUGAUAAAGUCAAGCUGAGUUCCUCUCCACAGAGGUUAGUAGGUGAGGGAUAGUGCACCCCCACAUGUUUAAUAUAAGGAUAUAAGAAGCAUUUGGAUGUUCCCAUCCAUCAGAUGUCUUUAUUGGACUAACUUCCAUAUCAAGGACAAGACCAACCCCUCUUUAGUACUUGGGGGUGUAUCCCCUGUCCAACUUUCCAUACAUUGGGCAGUUUGCUCACUACUGUACUUGCCCAAAUUAUAAGGUGAUGGUGUCAUUUAAAGGGGCCAAUGAUGGGGGCGGGGCCAUGCAAAUCUCUUCCAGGGCCACAAUCUGACCCAUGGGCCUCCAGCAGGACAGUCCUACCCUAUAUAAUUCCUUGGUGGUCAUGGCUUGAUAUUGGGGUCUGCUCCCCCUCACUGUUGAUUGGUCGGUCUGUCCAUGGAAUGGAGGUUACAUUCAGUGCAGGGGAAUAUAUCUGUAUAUCUGUCUCUCUCUGACAUCACUAAGGGGCAGUUAUAAGGAUCUGAAGCUCUUGUAUAUUAUAAUGUCACCGCUAACAGCUGAGGCCGCCGGGGAGUAACUCCCAGUCAGCCAGAGGCGGGGCUUGAGUAUAGGAGGUUAUUACUGAAGUGUUAAACGCUACAUCUUGCCACCAAUAAGCUCUGUGUUCUCAAGUGAUGCCCGCUGGGAAAUAAAUGGGCGUUGGCUUUUUGUAAUUUAA